AUGUUGGAGGAUCUUAUUAGAACGUGGAAGGUUAUCUUAGUAUGCAUCAUUCUGGCGGCCUUCAUCUCGUUUCUUUGGAUCCUCCUGAUGAGACUCUGUACUCGUGCUAUGGUCUAUUUCACUCUCUUGAUCUUCGUUGGUAUUUUUGGUGCCGCAACCGGGUUUUGUUUCUGGCGCUACGUGGAAACAAAGAAGCUGUCUGCUGACCCUCCGCCCUUUUACUUCACCAUCGACAUCACCGUCUACUUCCGUUACGCGACCACGUGGCUCGCUCUUGGAAUCAUUUCUGCAAUUAUCCUGCUGCUAGUCUUGGCAAUCAUCAUCUUUCUACGCAAAAGAAUCGCCUUGGCACACUUUGUAAUUGGUGAAACAAGCAAAGCAAUUGCAGACCUGCCCAUAACUCUUCUCUGGCCAAUCUUCCCGUUCAUUUUAAUCGUCGGCGUAAUUGUCCUGUGGUUCUUCGUUGAUAUGAACCUUCGGUCGAUUGCCGUUUCUGAAGGCGUCCUAUUUUCGAACUCCGCACCUGAACCGAAAGCCAAAUUCUCCAAUGAGUGGGUGCGAUGGGCCCUAAGUGGCGCGUCAAAGUGCGAUCCGACAGCCAAUACAACUUCGGGCGGCAUCUGUCACUUUGUGAGGCAAAUCGGACAAGCCGUCUCCUUUGUCUCGACUACAAAGUCACGUGGUUUUUGCCUCGGUCACCACCACCACAGGUACAUCCCCUGGCUGCAGGUCUACAAUUUUGCCAUGUGCCUUUGGCUUGUCAACUACGUCAUCGCGUUGGACCAGGCGACACUGGCGGGUGCCUUCGCCUCCUUCUACUUCUCCGACCACCACCGCCGCCACGGCAGCAGCGGCCAGCGUCGUCGCCAGUGGGGCUGCUGCGGCGCCGCCCUCCUCCUCUCCACCUUCUCCACGGCCCUCUUCUACCACACCGGCUCCCUCGCCCUCGGCUCCCUCCUCAUCACCCUCUUCUCUCUCAUCCGCAUGAUCCUCCUCCGCCUGCAGCGCAAACUCAAGUUGGCCGAAAACCCCGUGGCCAAGUUCUUUCUGCGUUGCAUGUGCUGCUGCUUCUGGUGCCUGGAAAAGUUCCUUCGUUUCCUCAAUAAAAACGCCUACAUCAUUGUAUGUCUCAUUCUCUCUUGCCUCCUUCGUCUUCUUCCGCUCUUCUGUUUCCGCUUUAAUGGCGAUUUAUGGUCACGGGUUCUGUCGGUCUGCGAGAGAUGCAUUCGGACUCAUUCUGCGAAAUGUCGUGAGGUAAGCACAAUGCAUUAUUGCUGUGUUUUUUUUCUACUUUUCCAGGUUAUCGCUCUUGCUUCAUACCUGGUGGCUAAGGCCUUCUUCACCGUUUACGAAAUCGGCGCGGACACCAUCUUCGUGUGUGUUUGUAAGUCGCCUAUGCCGUUAAGCGAAGACUUGGAGCGCAACGAUGGCACUCCCGAGAAACCCUACUUUAUGGGCCAGUCGAUGAUGAGAACGUUGAAAAAGCCAGACCCUGACACGACGAAUUGA